GUCAUCGCAAGCGUUAAUUGUCUUUUUUCUUGCGGGUCGUGUUAUUGACUCCACAUAGGGACGGGAUACCGAUCACUGUUCAAGACGAACUAAAGACAAGAGAUCGGUUUCCUUCGAUUUUUCUUUUGAAUCGAGGAUUUCCUGACGACAGAGGGGUCAUGUCCAGCUUGCUUGAUUCGUAUGAAGAAGACUUUCAGAGAUGCAUUCGGCUUCUCACUGAUACCAUGGACACACUCCAGGAUUCCAUCCUAAAGCAAAAUGCCCAUGAAAGCGACCCAGCUGUGAGUUACCAUCCGCCACCCUCCGUUGGCCUGUCCAGCCGCUCGUACCAGCUCCGAGAAGUGCUGCAGCUGCUAGCUCACGUUAAGGAUUUAAUCUCGAGCAUGAAUUAUGAGAUGAACGAUCUGAGCGAUCCAUAUCAGCGUGCGAACAUCAAGGGUUUAAUCGCUAGUUAUCAGAAGAAUGUCGUCGCGCUUGAGGAGAGGGCUUCAUGGCUUCGGCAGGCCUGUACAGCUGCGGAGCGGAAAGACUUGCUUUGGUUUGAGGGUUCUGACAUCAAUGCGGAUAUACGGGAUGAAUGUGAUCCUGAGGUUGCAACACAUCGACUGAUGUCUCUUCAGACAACUGCAGCUCUGCAAUCGGGCACAUCUACCUUGUUAAAGGCAGAGGCGUACCUGGAGCAAAGCAAGGAGUCGGGCCGCACAUCACUAAACACGCUGAGGGCUCAGACGGAUCAAAUAGGCUACAUCGGAAAUAUAGCAUCGGGCAUAGAUACUGAAAUAUUUGCAUCGCGGCAAAUUAUCAACCGAAUGCAAAGUGUUGCCCUCCGACGGAAGUUAUUACUGAGUGGGAUGAUAGUUGUUAUGGUUCUCUUUAUGUUGUUGUUCAUUAUCUACCGUUAGAUGAGGCCUAGGGGGGAGGUACUGCUUGUGCCUGCUAUUUUUCCACCAUUUUGAUCAGUUAUGAUUUUUUUUUGAAGUAUAUAUGCGUGGGAGGAAGCCAGUUUGCUUACACUUCAGAUGGACUGAGUGGGCUAUGUGUAUUUCUAAUUUCACUGGAUUUGGUCCAACCAAAACGGGUUGCUGUAGAAAGUUGACCCUUUAUUUAUCUAGUUCCAUUUCUUUUUAAGCUUAUUUCACUGCUUCUUUGUCAGCAUUGAAUGAUUGUGGAGUGACCUCAACGCUAGCGGUAUUCCGUGAGCGAAUCCCAUAUUCAUAGAUCGGCGAUGUAAGAAAUAGGAAACAUUGAUAAGAACACAAAUAUAUAUUUCAAUUGCUUUCCAGGCAUUUGAUCAUGCUAUCGGGCUCGGUGUAUGUGACAUUCGGGCUCUUGUGAUGAUGUUUUUGAGGUGUUUCCUAAUG